AAAAGCUUAACUGAGCAUGCAUUAAGCAUCAAUUACCUGGAAGCUCAACUCCAUGGCGCAGGUUCCAUCAAAGCGAGAGGAAACCAGCUGUCCACCAGAAAAAACUCCAUGCAAAGAUUUCAUAUCCACACUCCCGGCAAGAGAAGGGUGGUCACAAGGACAACCCCUCAUCCAGUACAAGAAGUACUGGUUCAGGCCUCGGAUGCUGGAGCAGAUCCUGCAGGCCCAGGACGCCUUCAAGCCCCGCGCCGACGACAUCCUCCUGGCCACCUUCCCCAAGUGCGGCACCACCUGGCUCAAGGCCCUCACCUUCACCGUCAUCAACCGCAGCCGCUACAGCUUUAGCGGCGACCACCCCCUCCUCACCUGCCACUCCCACCGCCUCGUGCCCUUCAUCGAGAUCGCUCAUCAUCGCGCCGCCGCCGACUUUCUUGAGACGCUGCCGUCUCCUAGGCUUAUCGCCACGCACAUGCCCAUGUCGCUGCUCCCACCGGGGACAAGCUCAAGCGCGUGUCGGAUCGUGUACCUGUGCAGGGACCCAAAAGAUGCUCUGGUGUCCAUGUGGAAGUUCCACAACAGUGUAGACCCGGGUUCCGCCAUGGAUCAGCUGGACAAGCCUUUCAGCAUGUUCGCCGACGGGUUCUCGAUGUAUGGCCCUUUCUGGGAUCACUGCCUUGAGUACUGGAGGGAGAGCUUGGCAAGGCCCAACAAUGUCCUGUUUCUCAAGUAUGAAGACAUCAAGUCAGAUCCGGUGCAGGUCGUGACGAAGCUCGCGGAAUUCUUUGGCGUCCCGUUUACAGAGGAGGAAGAAAAAUCUGGUGUUGGCGAAGAGGUUGUGAGGCUUUGCAGCUUUGAGAUGCUUGCCGGCCUACAGGUUAACCAAGUAGGCGGUGUUGACAUCGGGCAUAAGAAGUAUAUCAGCAACUCUGUAUUUUUCAGGAAAGGAGAAGUAGGCGACUGGGCAAACCACAUGAGUGAAGAGAUGGCGGAGAAAUUAGACUGCAUCGUCCAGGAGAAGCUCAAAGGCUCUGGGCUCUCCUUUUGAUUCCUGGAACAAUAUGUAAUCUGUUUCAGAGACUGCAUCGUCAUGCUACAUGUGUCUCUGACAUGUUUCCUACAAGCAUGCAACCAUCGCAAUAAAAUCCAUUUGGCUUCUACUUGA